AUGGACGCCAUCAUCCACAGCUCCCCGGCACCAAGACAUAAUCUGCCGCGCAUCUCAGGUAGGGGGGGCCAUCGACCCGCGGGACCCACAGCUACGAUCCCAGGGCUCCCAGGGCUGCCCACCGAUGCCCUUUUUAUACCCACAAUCGGGCAAAAACGAGUCCGCAAAUCCCGGGCCUACCUCGCUCUCCCGCCGGCAUCGCAGCUACCCGCGGGGAUCCCCCUGAGCCUGGAGGACUGGUGCGGACAGCGGGCAGGUCACCACUCACCCGACAACGAUAUGGGGAGGCGAACACAGAAGCCACAACAGGCAGCACCUAGGGACUCCCAAGAUAUUGGGACUCUGCUGCAACGCACAGCAGGCCACAAAAUGGCGGCCGAACAAGACCAGGAAACUGGCCCCACACACUCAGUACAGCUGUCCCAGGGAAGCAGCACAGACAUGAGAGCUGAAGCCCCCAGCAGCCCACAAGCAGAGGGGGAUGACUCAGCCCCAGCCACAAAAAGGGACAUCAGACUCCUAUUACAGGAGAUGAAAGGGCUGUUUGACACCGACAUCAACCUAAUUCACACAGAAACGCAGGCGGUGACGGCAAGAGUACAGGCCUCUGAAGAAGACAUACUAGACCUCCGACAGGAGGUGAAAAGCAUGGGGGACGCCCUAAAACAUUUACAGACAGCGAACUCAGCGCUCCAAAACACGCUAGACGCCAUGGAAGAUCGCAACAGACACACACAUAUUAAGAUUCGGGGUAUCCCUGAUGCAGUGGGACCAUCCGAAUUACCACAGUACCUGAGGAGACUCACGGCCACAAUACUGCCACAUACACAAGCCAAAAAGCUGGAAUUUGACAGCCACUUCCGCAUUAACAAAGCAAAAAGGGCACCCACAACGGCCCCAAGGGACGUCAUCGUCCGCUGCCAUUCUAUGACAGACAAACGCCGCAUACUAGCAGCAGUGAGAGACAAGACACCCUUGGCCUUCGAAGCCUCACGACUUACCUUCUUCCAAGAUAUCACGCGGAGCACCCUACUCUGGAGAAAGUCCUUGAGCAACAUAACGGAACAACUGCAGAAGGGGAACGUAGAAUACAGAUGGCUGUUGCCAAGAACCCUGGCGGUAUUCAGCGGAGACGAGGUUCUAAAACUCACCUCACUCUCGGAGGCCCCAGCGCUUCUCCAAAAAUUGGGACUAACUCAGAAUGCCCCAACACCAGGACCAACGCAAGCCACCCACUCAUGGGACCCGGACAGAAUAGUACCAUACGUCCCCAGGGGCAACAAGAGACCGGAGGCAGAGACCUGAACACCUCAAACUGUUUACCUCUUAAUUUCCAUGCUCUGAUAUUCUCUCCUCUUCUCUGAUCUCACCCUAUUGCUCUACCAAAAUACGUCAUUCUACUAAUAACUCCCCAUACAAAGUCGGAGACGAACUCCCAACCCCCGCGACCCUCUUAGGUUAAGGGCCAACACUACCUAUUAACCCAAGCAUAGCAAGCACGACACAAAACCCACACUCAGGCACAGACAGACGCACAUAUACAACUUUCACCGACGACGAACAACAGCACUUUACAAUCACCAACACCCUCCCUCAAACAACAGAGAGGAGUGCCACUUAACCACUCACAGGACCCAAGCAACAUAGACACAAUCACUCACAACCAGUUCACCCUACGGGAGCCUACCGCAUGGGCACACUCGACACAUUAG